UCAAAUAUCUCAGGCUCUCUCAGCUAAGCUAAGCUUUAUUAAAAUAAAUAAACAAUACAUAUUUCUCUUUCUUGUUGCUCUUUUUUGUCUAUCACGGUUUUUUAUUGGUAAAUAACUAAGACUAGCAGGUACUAGUUUUACUGGGUCAUUCGUAUUUGAAUUUUCUUCGUUCUUUGUCUUGGCUUUUUGUACAUUUACUUGGAAAAUAUAAACAAAGAAAGAGAGAGAAGAGUCAAGGGGUUUUGGUUGAAAAUAGGGUUCUUUAUUUAUUAUCAAAAUGACUAUAAUUUUCAUUUCCUGGAAGUAUCCUUUAAUGCGUAUCAAUUAAGUUGUUGGAAUUUUUUGUUAGAAUUCUCCGGCCCUUUUUUCUUUUUUGUUAUUAGAGAUGUUAGGCGAAGAUGAAAAAGACCGGCAUGCCAGGGCCGGUGUUGCUGCCCGUAAACCAUAUCUACGGUCUGUUUCUUGGACUGACCGUUCCCCAAUUAAGCCUCACCCCAGACCGCCGCAAAACACAAAGGGGAGGUCUUGCUUGCCUCCCCUUUCUAUAACAAGAAGACCUGUGGAAGAGUGGCCAAAAGCUGGUUCUGAUGAUCUUGGUGUUUGGCCUAAUCCCCAGACGCCUAGGGGCUCAGUUAAGCCCCUUGAGAGUCCUGGUUCCAAUAGGGAGUUUCAGUUGAGGAGGGAUAAGCUAGCUUUCUUUGAUAAGGAGUGUUCCAGGAUUGCUGAACAUAUUUAUUUAGGGAGUGAUGCCGUGGCUAAGAAUAGGGAACUUUUGAGAAAAAAUGGGAUUACUCAUGUUUUGAACUGUGUUGGCUUUGUUUGUCCCGAGUAUUUCAAGCAUGAUCUUGUUUAUAAAACACUUUGGUUACAAGAUAGCCCGUCUGAGGAUAUCACCAGCAUUCUUUAUGAUGUGUUUGAUUACUUUGAAGAUGUCCAAGAACAAGGCGGGAAGGUGCUGGUACACUGCUGCCAAGGAGUUUCAAGAUCAUCUUCUCUGGUUAUUGCCUAUCUCAUGUGGAGGGAAGGACAGAGCUUUGAGGACGCAUUUCAGUAUGUGAAGGCAGCUCGAGGGGUGACUAAUCCAAAUACAGGGUUUGCUUUCCAACUUCUGCAGUGCCAGAAGAGGGUUCAUGCUGUGCCUGCAAGCCCCAAUUCUGUGCUUAGGAUGUAUAGGAUGGCUCCACAUUCCUCAUACGAUGCUCUUCAUCUUGUGCCAAAAAUGGUAAAUUAUCCAGGUAAACUCGCACUUGACUCUCGUGGGGCCUUUAUUGUGCAUGUUCCUUCUGCCAUAUAUGUUUGGGUUGGAAAGAAAUGCAACUGUGUAAUGUCAAAUAGUGCUGGAUCAGCUGCCAAUCAGGUUAUUCGGUAUGAACAGGCAAAGGGUCCUAUUUUAACUGUGAGAGAAGGGGAUGAGCCCUUGGAAUUCUGGGAUGCCCUUGCUAGUGGACAGAUCUCAGCAGAUGGAUGUGACAGAGCUGAGGUCAGGAAGGUAGUUAAGUUGGCUUCUGAGAAUGAUAACAUAGCUGCAGUAAGCAAAAUUUUUGUAGGUGAAAGGAAGGUAGAUGAUUAUGAUUUGGAUUUUCAACUUUUCCACAAAGCACUUGCUGGUGGAGUUGUUCCACCUUUUUCAGUGUCAAACACUGAAUCAGAAACUUGCCUUCCUGCCAGAGAAAAUGGAUGGGGUAGGCUAAGACAGAAGUUUGCUAAUGGAAUCAUGAAAGAGUUUCUAAAUUCAUCUAAACUGGGUUGUUGUAACCUGUCUCCAGUUUAUGAUAGAUCAGAUAUGGUUAUGGAAAUUCAUAAAGAUACAAAAGAUACCGUUUUGAUCUUGUCACCAUCAUCUUCAUCAAUCUUCCCAUGUGGUAAACCAGAAUCCUUUGAUUGUUUCCCAGAUUGUAGCCCAAUUCAAAGUAAAGAUCCUUGUGAAGAAGUAGAAAAGUUAGUCACACCUUUUGGUUCUCCAUUAUUACCAAGCUCUCCUUGCGGUUCAUCAAACUCUUUUUCUUGUUUUGCAGCUAUUAGCCCAAAACUCAGUUCCAAGUCUCCCUCACUUUCACCUUCAGCAUCUGACUAUGCCAGUUCUUUUACCUUUUCACCCUCAUCCUCUAAUUGGUCUGACUUGUCAUAUUUGUCUUCUCAGCAGCCUUCACCCUCUGGCCUGGAAGCCACCGAUCUGUCUCCAAUCAAAAAGAAUGUUUCCUCGAUGGAGAAUUCUUGUUUACCAUAUAAAGAAAGUUUCCCAUCAUCAACAAAGUCAUUUUCUUCCGAUUGUAUUUUGAGAGUGGAAAAUCCUUGCAUGCCUUGUAAAGGUACUCCCCCCUCACUUGCAGAGCGCAGGGGGAGUCAUCGUCCACCACGCAUGUGGUUACCAUCAGCGGAUGCACAGGUCCCUGGUACUCUUGUAAGGUCUAGGUCCUUUUCUCUGCCCAACUUGGAGGAUGAUGUAAUGAAUGACAUUGAUUGUAAUCGCUAUGAACCUGAAGAUGGUGGAGAAGAGUUAAUGUUAGAUGUUGAAGCUGUUCCUAGCAUUGAGUCACAUAGUAGGGGUGAAGAUAAAAGGGAAUAUGGAGAAUGUCAAGCUCAAUCUAGUGGUAUCUUUAAGACACCUACCAGGGUAACCACCCCGGCUCUGUAUCAGUGGCCUACACUCAAUAAAGUGGAGAUGCAUAGAUCUGACAUCCUUGAGCCUGCUGCAGUAUAUGUGUUGUUGGCUUCAGAAAGAAGUUUGGGUGCAAGUGAUCAUUCUACUGUUUUAUAUAUCUGGCUAGGGCGUGACGCGUGUGAAAAAGGGCAGAGCCAAUUUUUAAGCUGUGAUGACACACACGGGAAUAGCCAUCAUCACUGGGAAUCUAUUGGCCAUGACUUUCUUAAUAAAAUGGAUUUGCCCCUAAAUGCCUCUGUACAGAUAGUUCGAGAAGGUGAGGAGCCAGAGCAGUUCCUGAAACUUUUCAACUGUUAUAUGGUUUUAGAAGGCUGAACGGGGGGGCUUCCAUGUUUAAGAGGGGCUUAACCAUGAUGUGGGGUGUCUUUGAAGAGGUUGGUAAUGAUCUUUUUCCUAACAUCCUCAAUGGAUUAAGAAAAGGAAAAAUGGCAGCUCAGUAAAAGGUGAGUUAGCAUCCCAAGCAGUGCAAGUGAUUUCUAUCUGCUUGUGUGAUGUAUUGUUGACAACAUCUAAGGUAUUGUUUAACAAAACAUGUAAAGAAAAUAAAGCCCUGCCGUACUCUAGCAAUAGGAACUUGAAAUAAAUACUCAGUUGCAAUCAUUUCUAUAGUCUUUCAGUUGUACCACAGAUGUUGCCUUGUUUGUAUGGGAACAUGUUCAAUCCAAGCCUUCAACAUCGUCA